GAUCAUACCUUGCUUUUAAAUAGACAGAAGAUUGUGCAUAUGCAGCAUGUUUUAUAUGUCACGGCUGGUUAACGGAAUAAACAGAGUUGAUGAAGCGGAAGAAGUUCCUUUUGAUGAAUGGCAAAGGCAAUUCUUUUGUUUGAAUAGGACACUUGAGGAAAUAGCCAAACAAAUGGGGAAAAAUGACUUUGAUUUUAGGCUAAACCCAUGCGAUGGGAAUCCCAACUGGAAUAGUGAAAUGCAUCUGUAUAAGUAUAACAUCACUGUUGUCUAUGUUUGCUCAUACCCUGGCGGUGUUUGUCAUGUCGUUGCCAUAUCUCUCAAAGGACAGGAUCUUGAGAGUGUUCUUCCAUCGUCUCUAGCAAAGUUACAUUACAUCAGUGAUUUAAAUGGAAAUACUUCUCAGUUUCUGAACCUAAGUAGCAUGACAAACAUGGAAAUAUUGAUAUUGAGAUGCUGGAGGAUUUCUGAUUCUAUAUCAGAAAUGUCCAAAUUAAGGCAUCUGUAAUAAUUCUCCCUCUUCCGUUUCUUGAUUAAAUGAAGCCUAUUUUAGACUAUAUCCAUUAGCAUCAUCUUGAGCAUUUCUUUGUGAUUAUCUUCAGUGGUUGUUCAAACAUUCUGAUAUACUCUUUCUCCAUCUAUAUUCACUCAAAGAGAUCUCAGUUUCAACAAUUUGGAAGGUGAUAUACCAUAUCUAAAAGGACUAGAUCUGGAGAAAAUGUAAUCUUAUACCCACAUGUGUUGUUUAGAUUGAAUUUUUUUUUCCAUCGCAUAAGCACCAAGUUAAUUCCGAUCUUUGAUUCAAUGUAGAGACCUUAGCAAGUGCCUUAGCUAGUUUUUCGUUUCCUUUUUUCCCUUUUUGUAGGGGGCAAGUAUAUUGAGGAAUUUUGACAUAACGGUUGAAGUGGGUAGGGUUGAUAAGGCCCUAAAAAAAGAAAUAAAAACGUCAAUGUCAGUAACAUAACAUUAGAAAUUCGUUUCCAAUAUGCUCGAAAAGCUACAACAGCAGUCCCAAGUAGAGGAUCAUAUGGCCCUUUAAUAUCAUCUAUUUCUAUGGUGUGUGGUAUGUUAUUGUUCCUACUUUAAUCUUCCGUUUUACUGCUAAUUAAGUUUAUAAUGACAUUGUUGUUAUUUACUAUUUAGACCUGAAUCCUCCAAUUGAUGACAAAAGCAAGAAAACUAUUGUCAUUGUUGUGGUGGCUGGAAAUGUGUUCCUCAUUCUCAUAAUUCUUGGUGUUGCACGGCUGGGGUUUUAUUAUAUACACGAGAGCACAUGAAGUGGGAAAGAGGUUUAAUUUGAUUAUUACUCGGUAUAAGAAAAACUAUCCCAUUCAAAAAUAUGGUUAUGAUAUAAGUUACGUACAAUUUUGAAAUUUUGUGGUAACUCCUUGAUAUCACCAUAUAUAGUCAUAUAAUUUAUGUGAUAUCUUAGUAUUUUUAGUGAUAUUUUAGUCAUAACCGAAGAUAUUGGAUACUUAUAAUGUCUAAAUCUUAUUUUAUAGUAGCAAAGACAUGCAUGGAAGAAAAUGAGCUGAAAUGUUAUGCUGGAAGUUGGAGAACCGAAUACAUUCAUCAAAGAGAAAAAAUCAACUACAGAGAACACCACGGCACGAUAACACCUUUGCCAUGGCACGAUGAUGUGUCAUGAUCGAUAUGAAUACCGGAUAGAGUCCAAUAAUGAUUACUUGGAAGGUAUGCGAAGCAGUCGCCACCACGACGUGAUAAUCACCUCACCACGACGUGAUAAUAACCUCAUUCAUUAUCUGAAGGAUAUACAACGAUUAUUAUUCGAACUUUGAAGACCAAAGAACCCUCAAAAACCCUUUGGAGACUAGAGAUCGAUAUUGGAUCAAGAUUCAAAGAGAUCAAUAUUGGAGCAAGAUUCGAAGAGAUCGAGAGUUAAUUGCAUUUAAUCGUGUUUAACAGAGUUUACUUCGUUUUUAUCUAUGUUUCUACUUUAGUUAUGCGCUCAAAACUCUUUACAUUUGUUUAUAGUAGAUAAACCUCAAGACCAUGUGUUGAUUUCAAUGAUUUCGGAUCUAAUAUAGUUUGGUUAUUAUUUAUA